AGCUCGUGACUGGAUUCAGACUGCACCAUCUCGCCUGUCCCCCCCUGCGUCCCCGGUCCCGGUGGUCUCUUCCCACUCUGUAUACUGCAGCGCAGUAGCUCCAGCUCAGAUCGAGUUCCAGUCCCUCCUGAGCACGCACGCGGCAGCUAAGAGCAGCCAAGCGGGCGGCGCAGGGGAGCGGGCGGAGCGGGCACCAGGACCCGGGCUGGGACCAGGGCAGAGGAGACAGCAGCGGAGACAGCAGCUGAGGCAGCAAGGGCGCCUGACAGCUCGCCUUGCUGCUCUCUGCUGCAGGAACCUUUGGCGUUUGAAGUCCUCACCACCUAGAGGCUGGGCCUGGAAGGAUCCUCGAAUAGCCGGCCACGUCGGCGCAGAGCCUUCAGCCUGGAGAAAAAGGGGAGAGAGCGGUCGGGGAAGCGGGGGCGAGGCCGAAGCCACCGGCCUGUGGAAGCCAAGGACAUGUCGGACAUGCAACAGCAGAUAAGGCCUCCGCUGGUCCAGACUCCCCCGCUGGAAGGUCCACCGCUGCCUGCUCCUGGGGUGCUGAUGCUUCACCCACCCCCACCACCUCCUCCUCCACCUCCGGGAGCCUCGAUAGCCGAGCAGCCGACACUGACUCCCGGAGUCCUGAUGGUGCACUCAUCUGCUACCGCCGUGGUGCACCCUCCUCCUCCAGGCACGCCGCUGGCCCACCCACCCCCUCCUCCGGGAGCACCAAUGUCUCUUGGUCCACCUCCGGGGACGCCCCUGGCGCAUCCCCCCCCUCCUGGAACCCCCUUAGUGCACCCACCACCUCCGGGGACCCCACUGGCACCCCCUCCACCUCCUGGUACUCCACUGACGCACCCUGUCCCAGUUGGAACACCGAUGGUCCACCCCCCCCCUCCGGGCCCCCCAAUAGGCCAGCCUACUGCUCCGGGAGUCCUGAUGGCCCAGCCACUGGCCCCAGGGGUCCUGAUGGUUCAGCCAACUGUUCCAGGGGGUCCAAUGAUCCAGCCACCACCUCCGCCGCCACCUCCGGGACCCCAGAUGGUCAAGCAGCCCUGCCCUGGAGUCCUGAUGAUUCACCCUCCUCCACCACCACCUCCUCCGCCGGUUCCGAGAGCUCCCAUCGCCCAGACUGUGGCCACAGGAGCGCCUAUGGUGCAGCCAUCGGCCCCACCUGCGCAGGCACUGGCUACCUGGGGCCCCCCGGCUCAGCCACUGAUCCUGCAAAUCCAGUCUCAGGUGAUAAGGGCUCCUCCUCCGCCGGUACCCCAGGGCCCACAAGCCCCUCCAGCACAGCUGUCCACACCCCCAGGUUGGCAGCCCACUUCACCAGGCUGGCAGGCCCCUCCACAAGGCUGGCAGGCCGCUCCGCUGAGCUGGCAAACCACACAGGUCACAUGGCAGCCUCCAACAAUCACCUGGCAGGCGCCACCACCAGUGCGCCAGGGCCCACCGCCCAUCCGGCCAGGCCCACCGCCCAUUCGGCCUGGGCCCCCACCUGUGCGACAGGCCCCACCUCCGAUCCGUCAAGCACCUCCGCUAAUCAGACAGGCGCCACCGCCUAUCCGGCCAACCCAGGUUCUGGCCGCCCCGCAGCAGCUCUGGCAGACGCUGCCACCUCCUCCGCCGCUGCGACAGGCACCUCAGGCAAGGCUGCCCGCACCUCAAGUGCGGGCAGUGCCAGCCAUGCCCUCGGCUCCACCUGCAUCCCAGGUGCCUAACACUUCUCCCACGGGCCCACAGGCACCCCCAGCCACCAUAUCUGUCCCACUGUCCAGCCCUCGGGUGGCCCAUUGCCCUCCCAUCAUUUGGCAGGCCCCAAAAGGCCAGCCCCCAGUGCCACAUGAGCUACCAGCGUCCAUGGAGUACCAGGAAGUGAACCAAGCCCAGGCCAUUGCCUGGCAGGGUCCAAAGGCCCCGGGGCAGUUAUGGCAGUCCCUGCACAACCAGGAAGGACAGAGGCAGGGCCCACCAGUCAUCCAGGUCAAGCAGCCCUUUCAGGGGGUCCCGGCCUCACAGAAGGCCACCACCCAGCAGACCCAGCCCAUGGGCCCACAAGCAGAGCUGUCCACCAUGCAAGUCCAGGGCUCCCAGCAAGCCCCCACUGCAUCCACUCAGCCUCAACCCGGGGCCCCUUUAGCUACAUCCACUUUCCCCCUGGGCUCCACUAAAUCACUCCUGACUCCUCCAGGAGAACCCAAGGCUUCUUCAGUAGAGCGCAGAGCCACCACGAAGGAACGCAAGGCCACCCUGAAGGAACGCAAGGCCACCUCGAAGGAUCGCAUGAUGUUCGCCACCUCCUUCUCUGCCCCCAGGGCAGCAUCAUCUGCCCGCGCUUACCCCUCUCCCGCCUGGAGAAGCUUGCCUGCUGCUGCAGCAAACACCUACACUGCCGCCUCAAGGGCCUUCCCAGCUACCUCCCAGUUCCAGCCUGCCUCUUCGAACGCCUUCACGGGUCCGUCUGCCAGCUCUGAGACCCCCAAGUCACUGCCACUCGCUCUGCAGGAUCCAUUCACCUGCGGGGAGGUUCUGCCUGCCGUGCCAUGGGUACCACAGCCCAGCGCCAAUGCACCCAUGGCAUCCAGGGCAGCACCCACCAUCUUGAUGGCCACAACAGCAGCACCCGCUCCCCAGGCGAUGGCCACCAUUCAAGAGGCUUCGAAGACCACAGCUGAACCCACCCGUCGCAAAGCCACCCGGAAGAAGAAGCAUCUGAACACUGAUGAGGAGGACUGUCGUGGGCACCGGAUGAGCCGACGUGACUGGGAGGGACCCCAGGACUGGGACACUCAGAAUUUGCAUGAAUGGGAGGGUCCACCCCCUGCUUACAUUCGGGGAAACUGGGAGAACCCAAACACUGGUGGUUUGGGUGGCUGGGAGGGAGCUAGCACCUCCAGGGUCCUGAGCGGCUGGGAAGGUCCCAACACUAAUUGGCUUUUGAGAGCCUGGGGGGAACCCAGCACAUCUUGGGCCCCCAGUCUUUGUGGUGACACCCCCUGCAGCUCCCAACCCUUCCCCAUCUCUGGGUUUGCCAAUCUCUCCCAGGGGUCUGGUGCCACCCAGGAUGAGCCCCAGCAGGCGACUCAGACCUCAUCCCCCCUGGAUGAGAGAGCAAAUGCUUUGGUGCAGUUCCUCUUGGUCAAGAACCAAGCUAAGGUGCCCAUCAGGCGCUCAGAGAUGGUGAAGUUCAUCAUCCGUGAAUACAAAGAUGAGUGCUUAGACAUCAUCAAUCGUGCCAACAUUAAGCUACAGUAUGUUUUUGGCUAUCAGCUGAAAGAAAUCGAUCCUCAGAAUCAUGCUUACAUUCUUGUGAACAAGCAGGGGGGUCCUAGUGGGGAGACAAGUACCCCUCAGGUAGAGAAGCCCCAGGUGGGCCUCCUGAUGGUGGUCUUGAGCUUCAUCUUCAUGAGAGGUAGUUACACCAGAGAGGACCUGAUCUCUCGCUUCCUGGGCAAGUUAGGGUUGGAUAAGGGAGAGAGAGAUGGUCUCUUGGGAAAUACUAAGAAGUUUCUUGCCAAACUGAGACAGAAGUAUCUAGAAUCAAGGUACACUCCUUUUACUGAGCCAACAGAAGACGAACUCCUCUGGGGACCCCAGGAACUCCUGGAAACUAGCAAGACGCUUGCGCUCAAGUUUUUGACCAAGCUCCAAAAGAAUGAUCCUUUGUACUGGCCCUUCCAGUAUUCUGAGUCCGUGACAGGAGGCCAGUCUGGGGAACAGGGAGAGGAUGAGGAUGAGGAUGAGGAUGAGGAUGAGGAUGAGGCUGACUCUGGUGAUCACACCCAUGACCCCACCAGCAACCCCCCUUCCCGCUAAUGAAAUUCAGCAGCUUUCCCUCUCUUGUUGUCACUUUUGUGUCCUGGCCAAAGGCCACUUGACAAAGUGGGGGUGGGGGGUGGGGGGCGGGGGGCAGGGCGGGGUGUUUCAUUAUUGGUGUUUGUGUUCCAGUUUUCUAGCUCUCUAUCUCCCCUUCUCUCUCUCUCUCUCUCUCUCUCUCUCGUGAGUGUAUGUGUGUGUGUGAAUUCAGAUUUUCAAACACUUGGUUCUGUACCUGCCAAAGCUUUGUACCUUCUCAUGUGGUGUUGAGUUCAAUUGGCUACUGUUCUCUUGAGUAUUUUUGGCUUCUGUAUUAUUAAGUGAGAGCUGUGAUUCUCUGUAUUUGUGAGCGUGUGUAUUCUUACUUGUUCUGUUUUGGUAUCAAGAAUUGUGCUGGCUUUUGUGACAUGAAUUGAAAAGCGGUCCAUCUCAUGCUGGUACAAAUCAUGUAGCGUUGAAGUAGUGUGUUCUUUGAACGUUAAAAUGACUCAUCUGUAAAACCUGUCUGCAGAGAAAUAAAUAUCUAUAUCUAUAUAAUAAAUAUAAUUUCAG